AUGCCCCGAGAGGGCGAGAGAGGUGGAGGAGGGGAUAUGGGGGGUUACGGGGGCCCCCCCCAUUCGAACGGGCGGCGUGGCUCAUCAUCCUGGCGAGGAGGGGGGGAUCGGGGAACGGGACCGGGUGGGGGUGGGGUUGCACCCCACGAGGCUGGGGAAGGUUAUGGAGGCGAAGAGGGGAGGUGGCCGCAGUGGCGCGGUCGAGAACACCACGGGGGUUACAGGGAGCAACACGGCGCGUAUAGAGGCGGUGGCGGUGGUGCACCAGAUAGGGAACGACGAGAAUGGAGUGGCCGUCCUGCAACAUUUUCACGAGGUGGUUAUGAAGGGGGCGGAGGGUAUCGCGACGAUGACCGUGGCCGGGAUAGGGAGCGGGAGCGAUACCGUCCACGGGAUCGGGAUCGGGAAGGCGGUGGUGGUGGGUACUAUCGCGACCAUUACCGGCGCGAACGUGGGGGAGGCGGAGGAGGUUCAUACGAUCGUCAGCGUUCUUUGUCAGCAGGUCGUCCAUCGUCAGCAGCAGCAGCGGGAGGAGAGGGGGAGUCUAGAAGGACCAAGAAGCGAUUGAACAGGGAUAUUAGCACAUCGAGGGAGCGAUCGAGGAGUCGGGAGCGGCGUCGUCGCCGGCAGCAGGCGGAGUGUAUCCGUCGAGCAGGAGGGUUUCAGAAGUUGGCGGAUAGUGAAGGCCAUGAACCGAUCCGCCUCUUCUGGGAUGGUUUCCAGUGGGUAGCGAAGGCGGCGGGGGCCUUGGGGCCGCAGCAGCUUGAUGCUGCAGCAAUGAACAGCACGAGGAAGCUGCGACGGCUGUACUUCGGGAACUUGCCACUGCAUGCAGGCCUGACGGAACAGAUGUUCCAGGAAAUGGUGUGGGAGGAGAUGAAGCUGCGGGGCUUCUGCUCAAACCCAAACGUGAAUCCCGUGCUGUACGUCUGGUUUGCAAAGGACAAAGGCAACUACGGCUUCGUGGAGUUCAGCUCCGUAGAAGAAACCGAGAGAGCACUAACCAUGGACGGCAUGCUGUGUCUUGGGGUGCCGCUCAAAGUUUCCCGACCCAACGAUUACACUACGACUUCUUCUGCGCAGACGCAUGCAAUGACCGUCAUGGGGCAGCAGGCCGCAGCAAUUCUCAUGGGAGGAGCGGCAGCCGCAGCGCCCCAACAGCCCCCACAACCCCCACCAGGGCCACCCCCGG